AAAAAGUAGUUUCAUUUGAUUCACUCACUAAAACAAAACGCAUGCAGACAAUGGAAGGACGACAAUAUAAUUACCAAGACAGGAGAAACACUAGCUCCUCCAUGUUGGUGCCUCACUCACCGUGGCACUCUCCAGUUCCUUAUCUCUUUGGUGGUUUGGCCGCCAUGUUGGCUCUCAUCGCCGCCUCUCUUCUCAUCCUCGUUUGUUCUUACUGGAGACUCUCCGGAUCUGCUCAGAGUGAUCUCGAGGGCGGAGAUGAUGCCAAACCCGACGGGGACACUAACAAGACUGAGCCUACGACGAUGCCGGAGAAGUUUCUCGUCAUCAUGGCUGGAGAUGUCAAACCUACUUACUUGGCCACCCCGGCGACUCGGUCUGAGAAGAGCUGUACUUGCGGCGAUCAUAGUAGUGAAGAAAGAAGAAGAGGAGGGUAGUAUGUUCAAGUGGUACGGCAGAGCACCGGAAGUUACGGUGAGCUCUUCCUAAAUCAAUCAGUACGGAAUACUUUUGGAUUGUUUAGCCAGGCUCAAUAGGUCAUUACGUGGACCUUACUAGAGGAGCCGGGAGCGGGUGGUAUUGUUUUCAUUUCUUUUUGUUUGCAUCGUUAAGUUUUGGUCCUUUUUUUUUUGUCGACUGUCCUAGUUCUCCACUAUUUCCUGUAUUCUGUCUCAUGAAGGAAAUGUAAUUUUUAUUAGAGUUUAAAGAUAUGAUUAGUAAUACUAAUUAAUGUAAAAAAGAUUAGUAACUUAA